AAAGAGCCCUUACUUGACCCGUUUCUUCAAGAAUUCCUUCCAUAUCCACUCUCUUGUUCAAGUGCUAGCUAUCAUCUUUCGAUUAUUCUAAUUAAGAUAUGAGCAGGCCGGGAGAUUGGAACUGCAGGUCAUGCCAGCACCUGAACUUCCAAAGGAGGGACUCCUGCCAACGCUGUGGGGAAUUCCGGUCUGGUGAAAACUUCGGUGGAUUCGGCGGUGGGAGGGGUGGCUCCUCUUUUGGAUUCACCAUCGGCUCUGAUGUCCGACCAGGUGACUGGUACUGCACUGCGGGAAACUGUGGUACUCACAAUUUCGCCAGUCGUUCUAGCUGCUUCAAAUGCGGUGCAUUCAAGGACGACUCUGCCGGAGGGUCCGAUUGUGAUGUUCUACGUUCUAGAGGAUUCGGUGGUGGUAAUCGUUCCGGGUGGAAAUCCGGCGACUGGAUAUGUACCAGGUCGGGAUGCAAUGAGCACAACUUUGCUAGCCGAAUGGAAUGUUUCAGAUGCAGUGCUCCACGAGACUUGAGCAACACAACUUCAUACUAAAAA